AAUCGUAUGCUUCUUUCGAACACCACCUCUUUCUUCAGGGGCAAAGCACAAGAGCUGCGUGACUUGGGGUUUUCCUCUCUAAUUCAUUCUUGAGAUUUGCAGCUUCUUCUUGAACAACUCAAAAAACAGCUUUUCUAGUUUGGUUUCCAUUCUUUUUAUAAAUAAAAAAAAAAUACAAAUCUUGAAGAACUGAGAUGGGUUUCAUCAGUAUGUUGUUGGGAUUUUCUGGUUUUGGAAUUGGAGUUUCUGCUGGGCUCAUCAUUGGUUAUUAUCUGUUCAUCUACUUUCAACCCACAGAUGUCAAGAAACCUGAUAUUCGUCCUUUGGUUGAACGAGACUCUGAUACGCUGCAAAAUAUGCUUUCGGAGAUACCAUUGUGGGUUAAAAACCCGGAUUUUGAUCGGGUUGAUUGGCUUAACAAGUUCAUUGAAUACAUGUGGCCUUAUCUUGACAAGGCAAUAUGCAAGACUGCAAAGGAGAUUGCAAAGCCCAUUAUUGCUGAACAAAUACCAAAGUUCAAAGUUGAUUCGGUUGAGUUCGAGACUCUUACAUUAGGGACUUUGCCUCCUACUUUUCAAGGGAUGAAGGUCUAUGUUACUGAUGAGAAGGAGCUGAUCAUGGAACCAUCCCUAAAAUGGGCUGGAAAUCCUAACGUUACUGUUGUUGCUAGAGCAUUUGGUUUAAAAGCAACCGUUCAGGUGGUGGAUUUACAAGUCUUUGCUGCACCUCGUAUCACACUUAAACCUCUUGUUCCCAGCUUUCCUUGCUUCGCUAAAAUCUGUGUGUCUCUCAUGGAGAAGCCACAUGUUGAUUUUGGGCUCAGGCUGUUCGGGGCUGACCUAAUGUCAAUUCCUGGAUUGUAUAGGUUUGUCCAGGAACAAAUCAAAGAUCAAGUUGCCAACAUGUAUCUUUGGCCUAGAACUCUAGAAGUACAAAUAUUGGAUCCAUCCAAAGCCCUAAAGAAACCUGUAGGAAUCCUUCAUGUGAAGGUUUUGAAGGCAAUGAAGUUGAGAAAGAAAGACGUUUUAGGUGCUUCUGAUCCUUAUGUGAAAAUAAAGCUCACCGAAAGUAAGCUUCCAUCAAAGAAGACAACCGUCAAGCAUAAGAAUUUGAAUCCGGUAUGGGACGAAGAAUUCAAUAUGGUUGUUAAAGAUCCCGAAUCACAAGCUGUCGAAUUCCAAGUUUAUGAUUGGGAACAGGUUGGCAAACAUGACAAGAUGGGCAUGAAUGUUGUUCCCUUGAAGGAACUCGCACCCGAUGAGCCCAAAACCGUGACUCUCGAUCUCUUGAAAACUAUGGAUCCCAAUGACGUUCAAAACGAGAAAUCACGAGGCCAGAUUGUGGUAGAAUUGCUAUAUAAACCUUUCAAGGACGAAGAUAUGCCGACCUUCGAAGAUGCUGGUGCUGUUCCGAAGGCGUCUGAAAAAACACCGCCAGGUGGCGGUGAACUAGUGGUUCGGGUUCAUGAAGCUCAAGAUGUUGAGGGAAAACACCACACCAAUCCUUAUGUCAGGAUCCUUUUCAAAGGAGAGGAGAAAAAAACAAAGCAUGUAAAGAAGAACAGAGAUCCAAGAUGGGAUGCAGAAUUCAAGUUCACGUUAGAAGAGCCUCCCGUGAAUGAUAAGUUGCAUGUAGAAGUUUGUAGUGCUUCGUCCAAGAUUGGGCUAUUGCAUCCUAAGGAAUCAUUGGGUUAUGUUGACAUCAGCUUGGGGGAUGUUGUGCACAACAGAAGGAUUAAUGAGAAGUACCAUCUUAUUGAUUCAAGGAAUGGGAAGAUCCAAAUUGAGCUGCAAUGGAGGACUGUUUCUUGAUGCUUCUGUCAGUAUACAGUUUCACCUUGGCAUCACAUUAAUAAUGUUUCUUGUACAAAACUUUGUGUACAUUAUUUUGAUAUAAAUAUGGUUUAAUUCUUGGUCUGUUGACUGAUUUCAGUAGGGUGAGUUGUGGAUUUUGAAUUAUGCUUAUUGGUUAAAACAACUGUAAAACAAUUUAUUAAAUUUCGCAAUGCUUUAGAAUUUUAUCA